CGUAGUCUGCUACAAUCAUAUGCUCUGAACCUUUUCCAUACUCCCACGCCACACCAAUGUCAUAAACAUUACUACAACAGACUAGUUAAUGAAAAAACGCAUCAUGACCUGUGAUAAUAGAACACUGCACAAGUACACGACAUACUCGAAUGUAUGAGACGGUCGUGAGUUUUUUGUAUAGGGGGUAAAAGAAUUCACUUAAUGAAACCACAUCCUGUUAAAAGUUGCCACUGUUUGAAGCAUAGUAGUAUUAUUGUAAAGAGCACAGAACAUAUCAUCUCUGAACAUACUGAGCAAACGAUGGAAAUGGAAGCUAUUUAUGAAAAUACUCAAGACAAAGUUGGACCUCAGACACCGAGUCAGAACCCGACUGAAGCUCAAAAUAGCAGAAGAUGGUUUGUGGUGAUCACAGUGGGUCUGGGGCUCAUCUGUGUUCUUCUGGUGAUCGCUCUCAUACUGCUGUAUAUCCACCAGACAGCAGAGAGAGAUCAGUUGAAGAAAAAAGUUAAAGAGUACAAUAAAACUCUGACCAGCCUGAAGAUCAAUUUCAGUCAUCUGACCGAUGAGAGAGAUGAGCUACAGAUAAACCUAAAGUCUAUGAGUGAGAGGAAGUCGGAGUUAGAAACCAAUUUCAGUCAUCUGACCGAUGAGAGAGAUGAGCUACAGAUAAACCUAAAGUCUAUGAGUGAGACGAAGUCGGAGUUAGAAACCAAUUUCAGUCAUCUGACCGAUGAGAGAGAUGAGCUACAGAUAAACCUCACGUCUAUGAGUGAGACGAAGUCGGAGUUAGAAACCAGAGUCAAGAAUUUGAAUGAUGCUUUAAUGAAGAGUAUUUCAGGGUCAUUCAGAUAUUUCAUAUCCAGUGAGGAGAAGAGCUGGACUGACAGCAGACGGUUCUGUAGAAGUCGUGGUGGAGAUCUGGUCAUCAUCAACACUGAAGAAGAACAGAAAUACAUAUCUUCACUUGUCAAUGAGAAUGUGUGGAUUGGUUUGUCUGAUGCAGAGAAGGAAAGAAACAUGAAAUGGGUGGAUAAUACACCCGUGAAUAAAGGGUUUUGGGACAAAGGUGAGCCAAAUGAUUACAGUGGAAAUGAGAAUUGUGUUGAAAUCAUUCAUACAAAACCGAUUCUGAGCAAUUGGAAUGAUUUUGCAUGCUCAGUGAUGAAAAAAUGGAUUUGUGAGAAAUAGAGUUCAUCUGCUUUUCAUCUGUUCAUCUGUAUUGAAAAAGUAUUUUACUUUAAGCUGUUUUUACAGGAGCAUUUUUGCAUUUACAUCAGUUGAUUGAUGUUUCUGUCUUUUAAAAACCGUGCAGCUAAAUUAUGUCAUAUAUAUCCUGUUGUCGUGCUAUACUGUAAUUUCUGUUGUGAGGAAUAGAUUGAAAUUUUAGUCUUGAUUCCAGUCUUUUUCAAGACUUCCACCUCCCUCAGUGUGACCCUAUAGAGCUUUAGCCCCGCCCCUCACCCGCAUCACAAUCCGCCACCUAUUGGCCACCGGCACACUGUAACUGUAUCCACCCCUCUACACAUCCUUGUGUCAGUCUAUAUUUCCAUUCUGUGCCUGUUUUUCUGUCGCUUUCACAUUUAAAUAAAAAGAUUUACAGAUGUUA